GGUUGACAACAAGAUUCUGCUUAGGUUACUUGUUUUCCUUUCUUUAACCACAAUUUCUAUUAUUGAUAUCCUGCGGAUAUGAAGCAAAAUCCUCAAAAACAAACGAGUGUCCCCUAAAUAUAGACAAAGAAUGUUAAGAAAAACCGUUGGUGCUUGCAACGUUGGGUUAUUAAUAACACACAUCUCUAUCCUCCUUUAACCCUCUCAUGCCCAUCUAUAAACAGCCUUGGGCCUUUUCCAAGGUUUCUGUUUUAGCCAUGGCUAAACCUCCUUCCUUUGUGUGUUGCAUCUUCCUCUUGUUCUUCUUCCUCUUGUCCUCCUCCUUUGUCGCAUUUGCCCUGACCGAUACAGAAGCUGCCUUCAUCGUGCAGCGACAGCUCUUGACAUUACCAGCAAACGGUGAACUUCCUGAUGACAUUGAAUACGAGGUUGACCUCAAGGCUACAUUUGCAAACACAAGGCUUAAAAGAGCUUACAUAGCUCUUCAAACUUGGAAAAAGGCGUUUUUUUCGGAUCCGUUUAACACCACAGGAAACUGGCAUGGACCUCACGUCUGUGGCUACAACGGUGUGGUUUGUGCACCGGCUCUUGAUGAUCCUGAUGUCACGGUCGUAGCUGGUGUUGACCUUAAUGGCGCGGAUAUCGCAGGGCAUUUGCCUGCUGAGCUUGGUUUGAUGACAGAUGUUGCUUUGUUCCAUUUGAAUUCUAACAGGUUUUGUGGUAUCAUCCCUAAGAGCUUUGAGAAGCUGAAGCUGAUGCAUGAAUUUGAUGUCAGUAAUAACCGUUUUGUUGGACCUUUCCCUGAAGUCGUCCUCGCAUGGCCUGAUGUUAAAUUCAUCGACCUUAGGUUCAAUGAUUUUGAAGGUCAAGUCCCUUCGGAGCUGUUCAAGAAAGAGCUGGACGCUAUUUUCUUGAACAACAAUAGAUUCACCUCGACGAUUCCUGAAUCUCUAGGAGAAUCUCCAGCCACGGUUGUGAGUUUUGCUAACAAUAAAUUCACCGGAUGUAUUCCUAAAAGUAUCGGAAACAUGAAGAAUCUCAAUGAGGUUGUCUUUAUGGACAACAAGUUGGGCGGUUGUUUCCCGUCUGAAAUCGGAAAGCUGUCGAAUGUGACGCUUUUUGAUGCAAGCAAGAACACGUUCAUUGGACGUCUCCCGACAAGUUUUGUCGGGUUAACGGGUGUGGAGGAAUUCGAUAUCUCCGAGAAUAAACUGACCGGAUUAGUAGCGGAUAACAUUUGCAAGUUGCCUAAUUUGGUGAACUUCACUUACUCCUACAAUUACUUCAAUGGACAAGGUGGUUCGUGUGUUCCAGGUGGUGGUCGGAAGGAGAUUGAAUUGGACGACGUACGUAAUUGCUUACCUCAUCGACCAGACCAACGGUCCGCCCAGGAAUGUGCGGUAGUGAUCAGCCGUCCGGUUGACUGUAGCAAGGACAAAUGCGCUGGUGGCGGCUCCUCUACUCCGUCGAGACCAUCGCUAGUUCCAACUACGCCUGUUCACAAAACAUCGCCAGUUCCAACUACGCCUGUUCACAAACCAUCUCCAGUUCCAACUCGACCGGUUCAUAAACCACAACCACCAAAAGAGUCACCCCAACCGGAUGAUCCUUACGAUCAAUCUCCAGUGGGUAACCGACGCAGUCCUCCUCCACCUCAUGAAUCCCAACCUCCGGUGGUUUUCUCUCCUCCACCAACUCCGGUAAGCUCUCCACCACUUCUUUCUCCUCCUCUUCCUUCACCUCCUCCACCAGUUUACUCUCCACCACCACCGGUUCACUCUCCGCCACCACAGGUUCACUCUCCGCCACCACCGGUUAACUCACCACCACCGCCGGUUCAUUCUCCGCCACCACCAGUCCACUCUCCACCACCACCGGUUCACUCUCCUCCACCGCCGGUACACUCUCCGCCCCCCCCAGUCCACUCUCCACCACCACCGGUUCACUCUCCGCCACCUCCUCCUCCCCCAGUCCACUCUCCACCACCACCGGUUCACUCUCCGCCACCUCCUGUCCACUCUCCUCCACCGCCAGUCCACUCUCCACCACCUCCUGUCUACUCUCCUCCACCGCCAGUCCACUCUCCACCACCUCCACCGGUACAUUCCCCGCCGCCACCAGUCCAUUCGCCACCUCCACCUGUUCACUCGCCACCACCUCCCCCGGUUAACUCGCCACCACCACCGGUGGAAAAGAAAGAGGCGCCGCUGGCACAAGAACCAGCCCCAAGUGAUGAGUUCAUCCUACCACCCUUCGUCGGCCACCAAUACGCAUCGCCACCACCUCCAAUGUUCCCUGGCUACUAAUAUCCAUCAACGAGAGAAGAACCGACUCGACUAUAUAUAAAAAGCAAAUUGUAUCUUCUUGAACUAAAUUUGUAAAACGAAAGAAGAAGACAAUUAAUGUAUGAUAAGCGAAACCAACUUGUUACGGUACCAGAUGUCGGAUAAAUUUGUACAAUGACAACUUCUUAUGGUAGAUAAAGAUUUUAAACUU